UCUCGUCUCAUCUCAACGUUAAAGCAGAGCAAUCUCUCUUGUCCAUGGCCAAGAUCCAGCCCCUCGCUGCCGCAGCCUCACCGUCCUCCGAUGAUCAACGGAGCCAGCAGGCGUACACGGUGUGGAUGAAGUCGCUGGUCUUCAACGGCAACGGCUGCACGGUGUACGGCCUCGACGGCGCCGUCGCCUUUCGCGUCGACAACUACGGUUGCAGGGGCGGCCGCGAGGUCUUCUUCAUGGACCGGGCCGGCAACGCCCUCGUCAGGAUCAGGCGCAAGGGCUUCGGGAUGUUCAGGAGGUGGGAGGUCUGUCGCUGCGCCCAGAACGGCGGCAAGGAGGAGGAGGAGGCCACACCGUGGUUCAGCGUGCGGUGGGCCGAGAAGGGCGGGGCCACCGUGGCGAUGCACGGCGGCGCGGGGAUGUGCUACACGAUCGACGGGUGUUCUGCCCGCAAGUCGGAGUACAGAGUACACGGCGUGGAUGGCGCGGUGGUGGCGGAGGUCGCACGGAAGCAGACGCCGGCGGGCGUGGUGCUGGGCGAGGACGUGCUGACGCUGACGGUGGCCUCGGAAGCGGAUCAGCUGCUCUUCCUGGGUUUGGUCGUCGUGCGUGGCCUCAUCAACCGCUCCUUGUGAUGGAUGCCUGAAAUGGCAAUCCUCUUCUUCUCUAGCUAGGAACGUACAUGAUGUGAGUAGCUGUAGGCGGUCCAUCUGACUAUUGUUUUUCAGACGAAAAAAUUAGGAAGUUUUUGCCCAAACUGAGGACAUGGUGACUCUUUUUGGUGUAGGUUUUUACCCUUUCUCAAAGGGUUUUCAAUACCAUAAUCUCACCAAAAUGAAGUUGGACAAGGUUGUUCACUGAUUGUAAUACUCCUAUAUUAGAAC